AUGGACUCCAUAAGAGGCUCACAAAAUUAUUUAACUAAAAGAGCCAUACAACACAUAUCAGAGUCAGUGUUUGUGGGACUGUGUCGUAAAGUGGGAACUUCACAACUGGUGGCCAUGAGAAGAGAUGUGAUGGACAUCAGGGAGAUGGUGGACAAUCAAGUGAGAUCAAGUGAUGACCACAGUAGCAUGAAGAGUGGAAGUGAAAGAGAAGGAUUCAGACUGGAAGGAUCAGAUCAUGACUUUAUGUACUGGCCAAAUGAUCACCGUGUGAUCUGGGAAUUAUCUCAGUCUCAGUAUUACAACACACACAGACAAACACUGGUCCUCUGUGACUGUUCUAAUAGUCCACCAGGAUUUACUUUGUUAUAUUUACUGUCACCAAGCACGGACACUGGAAUCCAGACAGCUUGUGUUCAAAUUAAUAACAGACAUUAUAUAUCUAGUUCUAAAUUCAUACAGUUCAUAUGCUCAGCAUUUAUAAGAACGUCAACUCGGCAUGGACCUUGUGCAAGUGGAACAUUCAGAACACUAGAAUAUGAUCAAGCCAUCUGUUUUGUUUGUGACUUUUGGCCUCCAUCUGCCUCCUCAUGGAUAGACAGAUGUCACUUUUGGCCCCAGCGUCAUGUUGUUGAUAAUAUAGUAAAACAAGGAUGUCACUUUGUAGCAAUUGGACAUAAGCUAGGAUGUCAUGAACACCUUGAAUGGAGAAUUUCUUUCUCUCUAGCAGAGCAAAAACUUGUGUAUACAAUGAACCACUGUCAGUUUUUGACAUACGGCUUGCUUAAAUUGUUCUUAACAGAAAUUAUUAACAAUGGACUUGGUGGUGAUGAUAAAUUACUGUGUUCAUAUCACAUGAAGACAGUGGUUUUCUGGGUGAUUCAACAAAAUGUAAUACCUCACUGGAGUCCACAAAAUCUCCUGGGGUGUUUCUGGGUCUGUUUUAAACUCAUCUUGAAAUGGGUUUAUGAGGGGUUCUGUCCUAACUUUUUCAUUCCAGAUAACAACAUGUUUCUGAGUAAAAUUCGUGGCGACAAACAACAUCAGCUCUUUAUAAGACUGUAUGGGUUGUAUGAGAAGGGUUUAGCAUUCCUGUUACACAGUCCCUCCAUUCGGUCUUGUAUUACAAAUGUUCUACAUAACCUCAGGCUCUCCAUCUGUACAGAUGAACAUACUCUGAUUUCUGAGGCUGGGUUUGAUAAAAACCUAUAUAAGGAAAUUCAGGAACAUGAAGCAUUACACAAAUCAAGCAUACAAAGUUAUAUGAGAUCUCUACAAACAAUAGAACAGAUGAUAGGUUCACCACUCCUGACACAGUAUCAAGUCAUGAUGCUACAGAGACUUACAGCUAAUGUCCUUAAUGAAACUGCUUUUAUAUUUCACAUUGAAACUUGCACACAUAAAAACAAACUGAUGUAUAGAUCUCAUAAAAUCUCCUGUCAAAUGCUGAAAUUAGCAACCAAGUUUGGUUGUAUUACUGACACGCUGUACAUAGCUAUGUAUUAUUACAAGACAUUUAGAUACAUGGAAGCUACAACUAUUAUGGAGAUGAUCGAGGUCAAGUUAGCACAGCUACAUGUGAUGUAUGGGUAUAAUGUAGAUAUAGAGAUGUAUACUGAGGCUGUAGGAGGACAGUCCUGGUCUACAAAGAUGAGACAGGCUGUAGCAAGGAAUAUCCGACUUGACAAUGAAAUCCAUUACAUCAAUGAAUUGAUACCAGAACAACAGUCUGCUCUACAGAAUUUCUGGCCUGUAUUAUACGUCCCACCCUAUAUACUGUUAUACAUGCUAGAGAUCUUGUGCUACAGACAUGUAGACACAAUGAGAGUACAAACAGCUCUAGAUAAUCUACAGACCCUAGUUCUCCAUGAUCAGGGACAGCUUAUACCUUUACAUCACAGAGACAUAUCGUGGCAGAUUCUGGGAAUCUGUCAACAGGUGACAGGGAACCUACAGGCUGCUCUAAACUCAUACCAACAAUCCCUCAGACAAGAACCAUACAACAAAAUACAAACAGCUACACAAAUGAGAAUAGAGCAGGGAGGGUUCUCUUUAUAAAAAUCAGUUAAAUAAAUGCAAAACAUUAAAAACAAAUUACCUGAGAGUGAUAAAGUCUCUUUAUAUCUUUAUUUAUGGUCUCUGAUUUAUUCUUUAAUUCAAAAUAUGCGGUCCAUGGAUAUCAAUGAGUUUCCGUAGCCCUGCUGUUCUUCAGCAGAUUUGUGGAAUAUUUAUCACAUCUUUAUUCCAAUGAAAAUGGUUGGUCUUAUUUUGUGUUAAUAACCAAUCCUGCUACCCAAAACAUGGAGAUAUUGUAAUAUCAUUGUUGAAUGUUAGGCUUUGAUGUAUUAUGAAGAUC